AUGGUGAAGAGCGCUGUUGUCAUACCCGUAGCGGUGCUUGCAUCCAUAUGCGUGGUCAUGUUCGUCUUCAUCUGGUGGUGGUUUCCCAGACACUACAGAAAGGGUGUCGCGGACGACAUGAAUAUCAUGGACGGCGAGCGGGCGGGCAGGGAUGCCACCCACGCGGGAUUGGAGGGAGGGACGACGGACGCAGAGAACAUGGAAGCGUCUCGGCCGAAGACCUUGGAAGAACAUAUCGCCAUCGCCAGAGCCAACAUACGACGCGGCCACAAUCCAGCAGCGACGCCGUAUUGA